GGAGCGGGGUCGAAAAGGGAAGCUGCCGCAUCCGUGUUUUUACAUGUCAAGAAACCGGAGGACAAUGAAGCAGCGGAGUGGUCCAACUCAGUGGGAUUGCGGUCGACGAAGACUGGAAGGCCGCCGAUGACACUCAACUGUCAGAGGCCAGCGCAUUGACCUAUCCACAAUGCAGGGCCGCUCGUCAGCUGGAGCUUGGAGGCCAACGCUGCUAGGUUGGAGGCUUUGGCCUCAAACACAGGUUUUGAGCCCCGCACGUGCUGCGAUGGCGGCAGUGCCUCGUGCAAAAGCACGCUUGUCCGAAGCGUUGGCACAAGGACAAGCGCUGAAAGUUGAUCAGCUGAAAAGGCUCUUUGGAGAGGAUGGCAUUGAAAUCUUGUACGAACAUGUGAAACCCAACGAAGCCGGAGAGAUUCCAGCUGACCAAUUGCUCGAGUGGCUGUACGGAGAUGGUCAAGGUGCCAGAAUGCUCCCUCACCUCGAAGUGCCGGGCGGUGCCACACCACGUGGUGGAGGAGACAGUCCGGGUGGCAAGUCCGCCCGAACUGAGAAAGACAUUGAAAAAUUUGGCAUGCUGAUGGAAAUGAGCAAGACAGAUGAAGCUUUGGCCGAAUACCGGGCCAUGGCCAAAGAUUUGGCUGAAGAAUUUCAGGACAAAGUGGCCAAUCCCACAGCUGAAGCCUUCAUCGAGCAGUUGUGUGUGGAAAAAAUCUUGCAGGGCGCCUUGUUCGUGGGGCAUGUCAAGACGGACUUGGACAGCAUUGCGGGAGCUAUAGGCGGCGCGUGUUUGUGGCAGGGGACCGCCACUCGCGCCGAGAUGGAUUUGAACGGGGAGAUCAUGUAUGCCUUGAAGUGGGCAGGCCUGGAACCGCCGCCCUUCUUCGACGAUCACCCCGGAGCAGCGAAACCGGAUGCCGCGGGCAAGCUGCUGCCAGUGUGCUUGGUGGACCACAACGAGGAUAAGCAGAUGGUGCCCUCCCUGCGUGACGCGCCCGACCGGAAGAAGCGGAUCAUCGGGCUGAUCGACCACCACGCGCUGGCAGAGUCCAUGGCCUCGGAAAAGCCUUUGUUCAUGGACGUGAGGCCUUGGGGCUCGAUGAGCAGCAUCGUGACCCACGCCUUCAUCCGAGGAAACCGCAUGAUUCCCAAGGCCAUCGCGCGGAUUUUGCUGGCUGCCAUCUUGUCGGACACCUUGAACCUGCAGAGCGUGACCACCACCAACGCCGACCGCUUUCUCGUGACGGUGCUGUGUAUCCUGGGCGAGUGCGACGACCCGGACGAGCUGGCACGGAAGAUGUUCCGUGCGAAGACUGAGUGGAUUGUGGGACUGGGCGCCUACGAGAUGACCCGUGGUGAUCAGAAGGACUUCACGGCCAAUGGUUGGAAGGUGGGCAUUGCCGUGCUCGAGGUCACCGACACCGAGCCGGUCCUCAAGGUCGCCGACGAACUCCUGAUGGAGUUGCGGAUUCUGAAAGUGGAGAAAGGGCAACUGAAGAACGGGCAGCAUGACCGCCGAAAGGAGUUGGACUUCGCUUAUUUGUUCGUGGUGGAUGUCACGCAGCAGCUCAGCUACUUGUUGGUGGCCGGUGGCCGCGAGCUGGCGCUCGCCAAGAGUGCCUUCCCCGAGAAGCCUUUGCGCGAGGCCAAGCCGGGCCUGAAAGCGCCAGGCAACACCAUCCGGGCAGAAGAGACGCUGAUGGAGGUCGGAGGCCUAGUCUCGCGUAAGGCGCAGUUCGUGCCGGCCUUCUUCGCAGCGCUGAAUGGGGGCUUCAGCUGUCACAAGGAACCGAACAGUACCAUCAGUGAAGAGCUGGCCGGGAUCAAGGAGGAGGAUGAGGUGCAUGCCGCCAUUGAUGCGCUGCAGAAGGAGUCCUUCCAUGAUUCCGUCCAGGUGGUGCGAGAUUACACUCGAUUCCGAGAGGCCCUGGACGCCAGCUGAGGUGUUCUUUCAGAAAUAAUUGGCCUAGCCACCCGCCAACCAAGUUGAUUGAAUGAAGAGUGCUUUGAC